ACCAACUAUUGAAACAAAAGUUUGGAAAUUUGGAUUAUAUGCCUCUUUUUCAGAUCUUCACAUCCUGAAUGUACUUUGGGGUAAGAUGAGUGGUUUUCAGGCCAGCAGCGGUGGAGGAUAUUCUAUUUCCGACAGCGGAGGAUAUUCUGUUACCGGCGGCGUAGGUGGGAAGAAGGACCCUGAAUUCGGCUGUAGGAUAUGCCCAGGGAAACGGUUUAAUUCCAGCACCGCAUUCAUGUCUCAUCUGACCUCUACCCACAGAGCUAUAGAGGGUGGAUCGUAUACCUGCACAUACGGUGAGAAUAAGAUCUGCAGUACCUGUCCUGCCGUUGGAAUCUCUCACACGGAUUAUAUCAGCCAUGUGACCAGGCAUCAUGUUCAGGAUAAAACUGCGUCGAGUACAAGUUUAGAUCGUCUCUCCUGUCCUAGUUCUGAACCCUGGACUGUACAGUCAUCAAGGGUCAACCUACCAGCUGUACUUAAUGACCCGGGAAAAGGAAAACAGAAGGAUUUUUUCACCCGAAGCUGGGGAGUAGAUUUCGUUGAUAGCGCCCUCCUCCCCUCCUCUCCUUUUAUCUGUGAACUCCCUCCUCACAGUUUCGACAAGUAUCUCAGAAAAGUUCGGAAAUACUACAGUCGACACUCUAAACCUGGGAUAGUCCAGCAGCCAUUUUCAGCAAGCCCCUCUCCCAACAGUUCUAGAGAAGCGACACCUUCUCCAGGUGGACGCCUCCCACCUUCUCCUGGAACACGUUCAACGUCUCCAUGGCAAUCUCCCGGAAGACCUCCUCCUUCAGGAGCUACACCUUCUCCACCAAAACCUGUCCCACAGAAGCUGGAUGUACCCAGUGUAUUUUUAGACCAAAAUUUUGAUCUUUCCAAUCCUGCAACCUUCAACACUGUGUUUCCUUUCCUGCAGGAUUCUUUGCAUGAGAAUUCAAGAUCCAAUCCUUUCCAAUUGGAUGCAGGAGAGGCCAGACUUGUUGAGAGAUCAGGUAAACUGGUUCAAGAGAAGCUUUCUCAUCACCUUGACCAGGUGGAGGUCUGUAUAGCUCACCAGGUGGCAGCUAAAUCCCACCAUUUUUUCCAGGUGAUGACCUACCAUGAUGCCCUCAUGUCCCAGUUGAUUGCGCUGAUAACUGUUGUGAGAACGCUGCGGGAACGAUUAGCGGACGUAGAGAAAGGUGUAGUGUUAGCUUUGAAAGUUCCUCAGCUUUGUUUACGUAAACAAAAUCUGGAACUGGUUUUACAUAGUCUUAAUACCCUCUUUACACUUCAUCAAACACAACCUACAAUACAGAUUUUGCUUUCAAGGCAAGAGUUUGCUGGAGCACUCGACCUAAUUGCAACUUCUCAAGAUAUCAUCAAGGACGAUAUUGGGGAUGUUGCGGCAUUAAAGCAUUUACCAAACCAACUGUCUGAACUAAUGGAAAUUAUAGGUCGGAUGCUUUUAUCAGAUUUUAAGAAUAUUGUCAGCACUGAGCUAAGCAGAGAUAUACCGUGCGUGAAAGGGAGUUCCCUCAGCGAUAUAGAAGAGUCUUUAGAAUCUAAUUUUGACGAUUGUGCGCUGAGCAGUGUCAUUUCAGGCUUAGUGCGGCAACGAUCUUAUUCCUUUCUUGAAUACUUUGAAGAAACUGGGAUAUUCACCAUUAAACAAGUUAUCAAGGAUGUUGUGCUUCGUAUCCUUGAUCUAGCAGAGGAACGAACUCUAACCAGCCUUGUCGCUGAGUUUGCCCUCAUAGCAACACCAGAGGGUUGGACUGAUUUAUUAGAUCUCCUUGUCGGGUCUCUAAUCAUAUCUCUCAGACGAAUGAAUGCAAUUUACCAAACCACAUUGUCCGCCCUCAACCUCAAAACAGAUGAAUCUUUUGAGAGUGAGAAUCUCCUCUCAGGAUUACGGUUAGAUCAGGAGGAUGAAUACCCACUUCAGAAGCUGAAAUCAAGUGCUUGCGAGGUUAUGGUUAAUAUCUGUGAUCAGGUACAUGAGAGGCUAGGUAAACUAGUAACAGUAAGGUCCCGACCUAAUGCUAUUAAACUGGUCACCCCUCAGGAACUCACCUCAAUACAGAACCUAAUAACCAAACUAUCCACGGUUAGUCAAGGAAUCUGUGGUAGAACCAGUGCUGGUCUUCAGCUCUCCGCCCAAGGACAAACUAUCCUUUACAUUCAGCACUUCCACGAGGCCGCUAGGUCACGUGUAGCUGCCAUGUUGGAAGCUGAAAAAUGGCGCAAAUUUUCCUGUUCAAGAUCAUUGCUGGAAGAUUUUUGUCCGCCCCUUGCUAGCUUGGUUCAUCCGGGUAUAGAGAACGGGGAGAGAAACGAUAACUGUGAUAAAACACGUGAUAUAAUCCAUGAAAUUACAUUACAAGGGGCACCAGACUCAUUUAGUUUUGUUGAAUCAAUGGUAACGUUCCUCAGUAUCUUGUCCUUGUACUGCGGCCUCCUUCAGGACCUUCCGGCCUCAGCCUGUGUAGAGGUUGCAUUAAAGAUCUCCGACCUUCUCAAAUUAUUUAAUUCAAGAACUUGUCAGUUGGUUCUGGGAGCUGGUGCAGUUAGUUUAGCAGGCCUUAAAACCAUCACAAUUAGGAAUCUGGCAGUUACUCUGAGAAGUCUUGCUUUUCUCUCACAUAUUAUUCCAUUUAUUAGAAAUUUUAUCUCUGAAAAGUUCACAAAUCUCACCGAAAAACAAACCAUUACAAUAGGGCGAAAUUUUGAGCAAGCAGAGAAGGAUUACAGUGAUCAUCUUGGAGAACUUGAACGUAAAAUAGUUCAGAUAGUUGAUGCAGCUCUUCAGCAGCAGUUGACCGGUUGGGAGAGAAAACCUCCAGUACCCAGCAAUACAUUUAAAGCUAUUGGGAAACAGCUCUUAAAACUUAACGAAGCUAUCCAGGAUAUAUUACCUGGACGCCAGGUUGUAUCUCUAUUCCGAUCUAUCCACUAUCAGUUCCUACGACGUGUGGCGGAUAAGCUUAAACAGGCCAAACUUAGACCAGAUAACAGUCCUUCACAUGGUCUUGUCGUCUCAGAACUUAUUUUCUACAGGGAGAACCUUAAAAAUAUGCAUGUUCUCAAUCCAGAGGAUUUAAACGAUUCAACACUGCAAUCCGUCUGGACUUUGUAGCGGUCCAAAAUUAGAGAUAUUGGACUCCACACUGCAAUCCGUAUGGAGUUCGUUGAGGUCCUAGAGUCUUUAAGUUAAUGGACUUCACCCUGAAAUCCGUCUUUUACCGUGAAGAGUCCCUAGAGUCUAGAGAUUAUGGACUUUACAUUCCACUCCGUCUGGUCUAUGUAGAGGUCCAAGAGUUUGGAAAUAAUGGACUUCAUUUUGAAAUCCAUCUGGAGGUCCCUUAGUCUGAAGAUCAGUUUAAAACUUUGAACUGGAUCACAAAUUAUUCUUAUGUAUAUUGGUACUACAGAGUAGGAAUCAAAAUCAGAAAGAAAGAAAUUUAUUCACGAUUUAGCGGUUACGACGAAAACCAAACAAUAAAGUUUUGUUAGGCGAGGUAAAAAGAUAAGUAAAUUAAGUACACAUUUACUGGUCAAAUAAUCAGGUUU